UCUUGCCCCAAACUGCUCUUUGUUUACUUUCUCUUUGUUUAAAUGGUUCUCUUCUGCUCUUCUUCUUCUUCUUCUUCUUCUUCUUCUGUCUCUGUGCUGUUCUGCUGCUCUCUGUAUAUCUAUCAACAUGCUCGACGGAAACCCAUGGCGUCCCCAGGACAUCGCCUACUCCAUCCUCGUGGGCUCCGUCUUCCUCGCUGCCCUCCUCGAGUGGUUCCUCUGGCUCGCCGCCUUCCUCUACUGUCUCUACAUGGUCUUCCGCAAAGCUGAAAACAGAUCCAUCCGCGUCCUCGCCGUCCUCGUCUCCCUCGCCUUUGGCCUCCUCCGUCUCGUCUUCCUCCCCGUCAUGGCCGUCACCGUCCCUCUCCCGAGACAGCUCACCGGAUACAUCCCUGACUCUUUUGUCGACCCCCUCCAGCUCUUUGCCUGUGUUGCUUUCUCUAUUCUUCUCGGUGUCCCGUGGCUCUUGUGCAUCUACCACCUCCUCCGCCACUCCAUCGGCCCCAAGCAGAGGUUAGUCUCCCUCCAUCCUCCAUUCUCUAACAGCUCAUUGACACCCCCCAGAAUCAAAGAAGAACUCACCGCCGCAACCGCCCCAAAAGUAGUCGUUGUCAUGCCCUGCUACCACGAAAUCCCCGAGGUCCUCAUGACCGCAAUCAACUCCGCCUGCGACGCCGACUACCCCAAAUCCUGUCUCCAUCUCUACGUCUCCUUCGACGGCGCUGACAUCGACGACCUCUACCUCUCCACCCUCUCCUCCCUCGGCAUCGCCCUCCCCCUCAAAACCUACCCCGUCUCCAUCGACCUCGUCUACCGCGGCGUCCGCAUCACCGUCUCCCGCUUCGUCCACGGCGGCAAACGCCACUGCCAAAAGAAAUCCUUCCGGCUCAUCGACAAAAUGUACUCCUCCUACCUCACCACCCGCGACGACCUCUUCAUCCUCUUUAUUGACUCCGACAUCAUCCUCGACAAGUUUUGCGUGCAAAACUUCAUCUACGAAAUGGAACUCAAGAACCGCGCCAAACCCGCUGAAGCUCGCGCGGCACCAAUGCUCGCCAUGACCGGCAUCAUCACCUGCACCGCCGAAAAGCGCUCGCUCUUAACUGUCCUCCAGGACAUCGAGUACGUCCACGGCCAGCUUUACGAGCGCACCGUCGAGAGCGCAUGCGGCUCCGUCACCUGUCUCCCCGGCGCGCUCACAAUGCUGCGCUUCACCGCCUUUCGCAACAUGGCAAAGUACUACUUUGCCGAAUCCGCCGAGCACGCCGAGGAUAUUUUUGAUUUUGGAAAAAGUCAUCUUGGAGAGGAUCGCUGGCUCACCCAUCUCUUUAUGCUCGGCGCGCGCAACCGCUUCCAGAUCCAGCUUUGCACCGGCGCGUUCUGCAAAACCGAGGCGGUCAUGACCUACCGCACUUUACUCAAGCAGCGCCGUCGCUGGUUUCUUGGAUUUAUCACAAACGAAGCCUGCAUGCUCACCGACAUCCGGCUCUGGAAAAUGUACCCCCUUCUCUGCGUCGUGCGCAUGAUGCAAAACACGAUCCGCACCACCGCCCUCGUUCUCUUCAUCAUGAUCCUCUCCGUCGUCACCGGCACGCAAAAGUUCUCACAACUCCCCUACUCGAUGAUCAUCGUCACCCUCACCCUCAACUGGGGCCUCAUGGUCGUCGUCGGCUGGCGCCUGCAUCGCUUCAAAGCAUGGCUCUACCCGCUCAUGUACGUCGUCAACCCGGCCCUGAACUGGUGCUAUCUCGUCUACGGCAUCUUCACCGCCGGCCAGCGCACCUGGGGCGGGCCGCGCGCAGAUAAGGGUGGUGAUGAGGAGGAGGGCUUGGCGGGCGAGUUUGUCGACAAGGACUUUGUCUACGAGCCGGUCAAGUUUGAUCAGAAUGGAAACGCCGUGCCGUCCAGCCUGACGAUUCCGUCGUCGGCAAGUUUGUCGCUCCGGAUGAUGACGAUCAGAUUGCUAGCAGCAGCAGCAGCAGCAGCACGUCUACUUCCCUCGACUACCGCGACAAGCGUCAAUUGCGCGCGUGGGAACACCCCGUGUCUGCCAGCAUUUUCCACCACGAGUUCCGUCCUACGCCCUGGACCUCUGGCAUCCCUAGUCCUGCAUCCUCCUCGUUCGUCGACUCGGUGUACAACGUCGAGGAUCUGUAUAAGCAGCCGCGACGGCCUGAGAAAGCUAAGCGGCGGUUACUACCCUGGGAACCUCCCCGCACGGGCGAGGACGAGAUUAAUGAGAAAGCAGGGUUUGAGGAGGACGAGUACUCUGUCGCUUCGACCUCGUCGUCGGGGUCGGAUGAGAGCCAGAGACCGUCGUUGAGAAGUCUGGUGUCUGUGUAUGAGAUCCAGCCGUCGUCCAGUCAUGCGACUAAUCUCGCUGCUACCAACACCUCCCGCCACUCGGUCUCGGUCAUGCAGCAGAGCAACUCGCCACGUCUCCAGUCCUCAUUCAGCACACACAGACGCGCAGCACCACCUCCACCCCCCUCUUCACGCGCCACUCCGCCUACAUGCCCCCUCCCCCGCCACGUCCCGCCGCCGCCGCAGACAGCCCAGGCCGAAGCGGCAGUCCCGCGAGCGCGGGGUAUAACGUUGAUUGGCGGCGGACGAUAAUCGGGGUGCCGUCGCCGGUGACGCCGCGGUUUACGCCGAGCGAGAGACAGGCGAGGUGGUUGGAUAGUCAGCGGCGGUUCUUUGGGAUGGAGGAUGGGGAGGGUGGGUUUGGGGGGGAGAGUAAGACGUGGCUGUGAUUGAUGAAAGA